AUGUUUCAGAUCCGUGACAUUAUUCCAACUGACUUGGCCGAGGUGUACACGUUUACCAGAAUUCUUUAUCAGUACCAUAGCAAUGUAACUUCGGAAGGUCUACUGGGUGAUUCCGAGUUUAUUGAGAUUUUCACACAAGGAUAUCUGCACGGACUUUUAUUGACCACAAGUGAGACCGAUCCAUCACAAAAUAAUCAACAAAAGACUGUUCGAAAAUCCAGGAUGAUUGGUUUCAUGAUUUACCAUCCCACGGUAUCUACUGUACGCGGCCAAGGCAUUUAUCUUGGACAAUUUUUCUUGCUACCUGAAUUCCGACGACGUGGUCUGGGAAAAAGGAUGAUGUCCAGGCUUUGUCAGAUUGGUCUUUCAAACCGAAAAACCCAUAUCAAGUUGAUCUGUCAGGAGGGUCUUGAAGCAGAAAAAGUGUACGAAAAAUUGGGUUUUGUGAACAACACCAAACUCUCUCCGGGUUUGCGUCUUUUCCAGGCGUUUGGCAGAUCAGAUUGGUGCAAAAUGUUGGAUGAAGGCAAAAAGUUUGAGAAGAAUUUCAAUGAAAACGGCCAAUUUGAUCCGUUCAUGCAAUUAGUGAUUCAUUCGGAAGCGCUCAAUAAAUCUGACUGGCCUAGAUGGACCGCUUUAAAAGUUGCAUCUUUGAGUAACCAGAAUAAUCGUGGAAAACAUGUUACCCCACCAACACCUCAGCUUGUCCUUAUCACGGACAGAAAAUUGGGUGAAUCAGAGCAAUCUACGAGCACUGUAGAUGUGACAGACGGACAUAUGAUGUGCACUUUUACCGAACAGCUUCAGGUUUGCAGUUGGACUGGUCCACUGAUUCUUUUUUCCGAUUUUAUGGGAAACACCUCUGCGCUUCGACCAGAAUUGCUGUAUAAUCGAGUUCGUGAGUGGUUGAAAAUAGAGCCAAACUUACGCGGAGCCUAUUGGGAAGUUCCAUGUGGUACUGAAUGCAGGGAAGAACCGAGUACAACUCUGCUUACACGUUUUCUGAAUCAGCUUAAUGUGAUUGAUGGUUCGGAACAAGAAGGAUGGAAUAUAUGGUACUUGGGUGAAAGCGGAAUGCGCCAUUUAGCUGGUCUAUUUUCAACUGACUGA